AUGCCCACCCUGAGUCACAUGGCAGUCUAUGGAAGUGAUGCAAAGACCUCUUCACUUUUCGACAGCAUGCAUAGGGAGUAUUUUUGUGUUUUGGGGUGUCUUACCCGGCCCAAUUUCAAUCCACUGGAAACCCCGUCCGGGCUGUUCGGAAGGCCGGUUUCGGACGGUUUUGGCCCGUUUGACCCGCCAGAAACACCUCGGGCCACGUCGGGUUGGAGGGGAUUAGAAACGCUCGCCCUCACUCGCGUUUCUCGAGCGAGCGAGCGAACGCCCGCACCUCCCCUCGCGCCGCCUCCUGCACCUCCCCUCGCGCCGUCGCCUCUCCCCGCGCCGUCUCCUCUUCUCGCGUCGUCUCCGGCCAACAUCGCUCCGUCGCCGUCCAAGAUCGCUCCGUCGCCGCCCAAGAUCGCCGCCCAAGAUCGCUCCGUCGCCGCCCAAGAUCGCUGCCCAAGAUCACCGGCCAAGAUCGCUCCGUAUCCGCCCAAGAUCGCUCUGUCGUCCAUCUUCUCCGGCCGAGCUGGAGUUUUAUCCUCAGCAUGGUUUCGCGUCUGGACAGAUGCAAUUUUUUCCCUGUUUGGUCUAUCUGACAGAGUCCAAGACAAAGAAAAGGAUCUCAAGAGAGACUAUAGGAUGUUGAGGGAUGCAAGGAAGCAGAGUGGCGUCGGGUGGGACGAGGAGAGAUGCAUGAUACAAGCAGAGCCACACCUUUGGGAUAACUUAGAAAUUUCUUUCGGCAAAAGAAUCAAGAAGUUCAGGAAAAAUGGAUAUUUCCCUCUCUAUGAUUUGCUUGGAUCACUGUAUGAAAGUCAAAUUGCAGAGGGGAACCUCAACUUCACAUCUAUGGCUGAGCCAUCAGAGAGAGAUGAGGAAAUCACAACUAUAGAAAGUGAUGGUGAGCAUGAUAAUGGAAGAGAGUUGGAGAAGGUGGUGCCUGUAGAUGAGGAUUUCCAAGUGACUUCUGAAAGAGACGAAUCCACAAGUGCUGUUGGUGUUGCAAAAGAGAAGCUGAAGAUUUCUAAGAAGCCCAAGCGAAGUCCUAAGAAGCCCAAUCAGAGUAGUGGAGAUGCUCUAGUGGGAGUGAUGAAGAGAUUUGUUGAUAUCAAAGAAAAAGAAAGCAACAAGGAUGAUACAGUGGAUUUCUCAAUUACCAGAUGCAUGGCAGAGUUGAGAAACUUGGAAGGGGUCACAGGGGAUUUGAAAGUCAAAUGCUAUGAUAUCUUCAGAUGUCCAAAAAGUUGUGAGAUUUUCAUCAAUGCUGUUGCAGAGAAAGAUGGAAGUGCUCUGGCUUGGCUUAAAAGUCAGAUAGGAGGUUGAGGCCGCUGGCACGGUAUGGUACAAGACCAUGAUCUCAGGCAGGCAGUAACUACAAUGAAUUUGAUGUCUUCUCAAAAGUGUGUCGGUGUGUCGGAGUAGUUAGCUAAAUUAUGUUUGCACUUCAUGUUCAAUGUUGAGGGUUGUGGCAGAAUUAUUGUAGUCUGGUUUAGACCGAUACGACUUGCCUUAUAAGUUAUUGUAAUGCAUCAGUAAUCCUCCUGUACUUAUUGCAUCAACAAAUUUUAGGAUAUUACACUCUGGUUUUAGA